UGGGGAGCGCGAGCCAGCAUGGCGGCCCGUGGUCCUGUUGGGAAGCGUGGCGCCGGGUCCGGGGGCUCUCGUGGCUCGGACCCCCAAGAGGAGCCUCCGCCUCCGCUGCAGGCCGUCCUGGUCGCCGACAGCUUCAACCGCCGCUUCUUCCCCAUUUCCAAGGACCGGCCGCGGGCUCUGAUUCCUCUGGCAAAUGUGGCUAUGAUAGAAUAUACCCUGGAAUUCCUCACUGCGACUGGUGUGGAAGAAACCUUUGUCUUCUGCUGCUGGAAAUCGGCAGAGAUCAAGGAGCAUUUACAAAACUCUAAGUGGUGCUGCCCGACAUCCCCCAACGUUGUGCGGUUUGUCAUCUCAGAUCUCUAUCGUUCCCUCGGCGACGUUUUGCGCGAUGUUGAUGCCAAGUCCCUUGUUCGUUCCGACUUCAUCCUUGUCUCGGGAGACGUGGUGUCCAAUAUUAAUAUUUCUACAGCAUUACAGGAGCACAGGACACGGCGUAAAAUGGAGAAGAAUGUAUCUGUGAUGACGAUGAUAUUUCAAGAGUGUUCACCAGGUCAUCGGGGCCGAUGUCCGGAGGAUGAUAUUAUCCUGGUCAUGGACAGUGUUACGAAACGGGUGCUCCACUAUCAGCGGAAGCAAGGCCUCCACCAUUUCGGUUUUCCUCUGAAUCUUUUUCAGGGCAGUGUUGACGAAGUUCAAGUACGGAACGAUUUGCUAGACUGCCAUAUCAGCCUCUGUUCCCCCCAGGUAGCCGAGCUGUUUACAGAUAAUUUUGAUUAUCAAACUCUGGAUGACUUUGUCCGUGGCUUGUUGGUGAAUGAAGAGGUCCUGGGCAACCAGAUCCACAUGUACGUGACGUCAGAAGAAUACGGUGCCUCCAUUUCCAAUUUGUCGAUGUACGAGUCGGUGUCCUCCGACAUCCUGCAGCGCUGGGUCUAUCCCAUCACCCCAGAAAUGAACUUCAUCAACGAGAAGCCGAGCUGCACUCACUCCCGGCACAAUAUCUACCGGGGGGCAGAAGUGAGCCUGGGCCACGAGAGUGUGCUGGAAGAGAAUGUUCUCAUUGGGCAAAGAACAUCCGUGGGCACGAAAUGCUGCAUCACCAACAGCGUCAUUGGGCCCAAUUGCAAAAUAGGUAACGGUGUCCAUCUGGACCGGGCAUUUCUGUGGAACGAUGUCCAUAUAGGAGACGGUGUAAAAAUCUAUCAGUCCGUCGUUUGUGAUGAGGCAGAGGUGAAGGAAGGCGUAACGUUGAACCCUCAUUGCGUCCUUACUUCCCAGGUGGUGGUGGGCCCUAACAAGGCCUUUCCAGAAGGCACAGUCCUAUCCUUGCAUCCUGCAGAUGAAGAAGAGUACGAUGAUGAUGAGUUCAGCGACGAGGAGGGUGUGAACAAGGAGGAGAGCAAAGUGAAGCAGAAAGGCUACAACACAGAAGAGGUUGGCUUAGAAGGCAGGGGUUACCUUUGGAAAGCAGCCGACGAAAACGAAGCAGACCAGGAGGAACAAAGACACAGCCUUUGGGGCCUCACCGUCAAGUGUGAAGACGAAAGUGAUUCUGACAGUGAGAUAAACUUUGGGUCCGUGCAGACGGACAGCUGGACAGAUUCCCCUCAGAUGGACGACAUCGAAGUUUUCCAGAAAGAGGUGCUGGGGACUUUGCAAAGAGGUGAAGAAGAGAAAAUCUCUUGCGACAAUCUGGUUCUGGAGAUCAACUCUCUCAAAUACGCCUACAACAUUAGUCUGAAAGAAGUGAUGGCGGUACUUAGCAAAGUUGUGUUGGAAUACCCUCUGCAGAAGAUGAGCGCGGAAAUGGAUCCUCAGGAUUACGGCACCCUGAUAGUCUCUUUGCUGAAGAAUUGGGCUCCGCUCUUCAAGAACUACAUCAAGCGACCGUCCGAUCACUUGGAUUCUUUGCAUGCCAUCGAAGAGUUCUUCUUGGAACACGAGAAGCUGACCACGGUUCUGACCAAAGUCCUGUUGAGAUUCUAUAAACUGGAAAUCUUAGCAGAAGAGAUGAUUCUCACCUGGUUUUCUGAACGGGACCUGUCAGAUAAAAGCAGGCAGCUUCGUAAAAACCGGCAGCUUCAGAAGUUCAUCCAGUGGCUUGAGGAAGCAGAGGAAGAGUCGUCCGAAGGAGAGCGAAACUGACCUGGGGGCCUCCGUCCGAAAGAAAGACGAGCUUUGCUCUCUUUCUCAGAAGAAGGAAGGCCCAAAGCACCCAUCGUGGCCAAAGGAGAUGGCUGAAGAGCAAGAAGAAAUCCUGUGCAUGGCCCCCCCUGUGCAUGUGGGAUUCGAACUCUCGGCUGGCUGACAAUCCUGUGGCUUAUUUCGUUGUAUAUUUAAUGUUCCUGGCAGACACCACGUGUGGGACGGGAGGAAACAAUUGCUGGAUAAACCAGAGACCUGUGUACUAUUUAAA